AUGUCGUCCGACGCUAAGCCUGUCGAUACUGCCCCUCCAGCUGAGGAGAAGAAGCCAGCUACCGAAGAGGCCAAGACCGAGGAGAAGAAGGAGACUAAGCCUCUCGAUCUCUCCAGCGGCGUCUUUAGCAUGUUUGGUGGUGCUACCAAGAAGCGCGAGGAGAAGCCCGACGAAGGAGACGAUGAGCCAAGUGGUUCCUCGAAAAAGAAGGGUGGCGAUGAAGAGGAUCAAGUCGAGGAAUCCCCAGAUGUCCAUUUCGAGCCCGUUGUUUCUCUCAAGCCUGUUGAGGUUCCAGUAGCUGAGGAGACCGAGGAUUCCACCUUCAAGAUGCGAGCCAAGCUCUUCAAGUUCGAUAAGGACUCUAGAGAGUGGAAGGAGCGUGGAACUGGUGACGUCAAGCUCCUCAAGCACAAGGCUAACCUGAAGACCCGCUUGGUUAUGCGAAGAGACAAGACCCACAAAGUCUGCGCCAACCACUACAUCACCCCCGAGAUGAAGUUAACACCAAAUGUUGGAAGUGACAGGAGUUGGGUCUGGAACGUCGCCGCUGAUGUCAGCGAGGGUCUUCCAGAGGCACAGACUUUGGCUAUCCGAUUUGCCAAUAGCGAUAAUGCCAACCUCUUCAAGGAAGCCUUCCUUAAGGCACAGCAAGAGAAUGAGGCUUUGGUCAACCCAACCAAGACCGAAGAAGAAGAAGAGACCAAGGCUUAA